AUGGCCACCAACAACUCCAUCUCAAAGACCUUGGCCAUCGUGCUCCUGUUCCUAAGUUUCACAACCUUCGUUCUUGGUGCUGGCACACAAUUCAUCACCGGGCCUUGCACGUCCGACGCCGACUGCGCCUCUGGAUGCUGCGGCUUCAACUCCGGGAAGUGCGCCGGACCAGUGGUCGCGCAAGAACGUGAUGGAGGAUGCGGCUUCGGCGACCCCUCUCCCAACGCCAACGCCGCCAACGCACUGACCGGCGGCGCUCCAAUGGCGACGACACCUGCGUCCGCUUCAGCUGGUGGUGGCAGUGGCGCGAGUGGAAGUGGCAGCGGAACCGGUGCUUCUGCGGCCGUCAACAGUAACCUCCCCGGGGCUGCCAACGUGGGCAACGGAGCGGGCAAACAGUUCAUCACGGGUCAAUGCACAAGCGACGCCGACUGCGCCUCGGGAUGUUGUGGUUUCAACAGCGGACUCUGUGCCGGCGCGGUGAUUGCCCAAACUCGUGACGGUGGAUGUGGCUUCGGCGACGCCUCUCCCAACAGCAACGCCGCUCAGGCUCUUACAGGUGGUGCCGGCGCUGGGGCUGCCGCUGCCGCCACGGGUGCCGCAGGUGGCUCUGCAGGAGGUAGCAACGGCAACACUGGCAGCAAUGGCACCGGUGGCGCAUCUGCGCCGUCGCCAACACAGGCUGCCGCAGCAUCCAUCGACAGCAGCAUUCCAGGAGCAGCCAACGUCGGCAAUGGUGCUGGCAAACAGUUCAUCACCGGGCAGUGCUUGAGCGACGCGGACUGUGCUUCGGGAUGCUGUGGCUUCAAUAGCGGCAAAUGCGCCGGCGCCAUUAUUGCUCAAACCAGAGAUGGAGGGUGUGGUUUCGGCGAUGCCACACCGAACGACACUGCUGCUCAGGCGCUGACAGGAGGAGCGAAGAAGAGAGCGGUGCGUGAAUACAUGGCGUAG